AUGUCUACCCAUACCUACAAAAAGUUUGAAAAUGCAGGAUCAGGAGAUCUCCCUGAUCGAAUGACCAUAUACCAAGACUGUAUGAGUGAAUUCAAUGAGUCUCCAGUCAAUCCUAAAAGAUGUCGUUUGUUGAUCUCAAGACUCCUGAGAUUAUUGGCAGAAGGUGAAACUUUCCCUGAAAAUGAAGCUACUGCUCUAUUCUUUUCAAUUUCCAAAUUAUUUCAACACCCAAACGAUUCAUUGAGACAAUCCGUCUAUUUGGCCAUUAAGGCAUUGAGUAGUAUCUCUGAAGAUGUCUUGAUGGCCACUUCUUCCAUUAUGAAAGAUGUGCAAAACGGGUCUGAUUUGGUUAAACCUAAUGCCAUUAGAGCACUAACAACAGUUUUGGACGAAUCUACAGCAUUUUCCGCUGAAAGAUUGCUCAAGAGUGCUGUGGUUAAUAAACAUCCAUCUAUCUCCUCUGCGGCUUUGACUUCUUCUUAUCAUCUAUUACCUAUUGCUGAAGCCACUGCUAAGAGAUUUGUGAAUGAAACACAAGAAGCCGUCAUGGAUUUGAAACCAUUCCCACAUAGAAACGUAGUCGGGGAUUAUUAUCCAAACUCCACUUUUAUCACACAAUACCAUGCAUUGGGUCUUCUGUAUCAAUUGAAGAAAAGUGAUAAGAUGGCGUUGUUGAAGUUGAUUCGUCAAUUUUCUGAUAACAAUACUCUAAAGAGUCAAUUGGCAAAAGUUGGACUUGUGAAAUUGGUUAGCGAAUUGGUCACUAGAGACGCUCAGCUUUUCUCAUCCUUCCAACCUUUGCUCAAUAACUGGCUAUCAAACAAAUAUGAGUCUGUGCAAUUGGAAACUGCUAAGCUGAUUACCAAUUUUGCCAUUCAGCAUCCUCAUUUAGUCUCUGCAGAAUUACAUGCCUCUGCCGUGACCACUUUACAAUCGUUGCUGACAGUACCUCGUGUCUCCGCUAGGUUUGCCGCCCUAAGAAUCUUAAACAGGGUCUCUAUGGUAUCUCCUGAAAAGAUCGUCGUCUGUAACCCUGAAUUGGAAUCUUUAAUCAAUGAUCCAAACAGAAAUAUCUCUACUUAUGCUAUUACAACUCUUUUGAAGACUGGUACUGAGAGUAAUAUUUCUUCAUUGAUCUCCACCAUCACCAAGUUUAUCCAUGAAGUUUCUGAUGAUUUCAAGAUUAUCAUUGUUGAUGCAAUCCGUACAUUGUCUAUAAAUUUCCCACAGGAAUGGAUGGCCAUCUUAAAUUUUUUGAUCGAUGUCCUGAAGAAUGGUGAAGGUGGUCUCAAGUUUAAGAACAACAUUGUGGAAGCAUUGAUUGACAUGGUGUCGUUUGUACCUCAAGCUAAAGAUUUAGCCUUGGAAAACUUAUGUGAUUUCAUUGAGGAUUGUGAAUUUAACGAAAUUUUAGUGAGAAUUUUACAUUUGCUCGGUAAAGAGGGGCCCUCAACAGCUACACCAUCUCUUUAUGUCAGGCACAUUUACAACAGAGUCGUUUUGGAAAAUUCUAUCAUUAGAUCUGCUGCUGUGGUAGCUUUGUCCAAAUUUGCAUUAACCAAGAACGAUCCUACUUUAGGGGAAUCUAUUGUGAGUCUAUUAAGGAGAAUCGCUAAUGACCAAGAUGACGAAGUUAGAGAUAGAGCAACUAUAGCGUUGAAGUUUAUUGAAUCCGCUAAAAAGGAAGAAAACCCAGAAGCUCGUGAAUUCGUUCAAUCCAGAUACUCUUAUGACUUACCAUCUCUGGAGUCUAAACUAAGUUCUUACAUCUCUUCAAAUGCAGACUCAUUCCAAACGCCGUUUGAUGUCACUAACAUUCGUAAGUACACUGAAGAUGAAGCCAAGGCUAUCGAAUUGAAGAAGAAACAAGAACAAUUACUUAAGGGCCACUUGGAAAAUGGUUCCGAAUCUACUCCAGGUCUGGAAGAAGGUUCCAAGGGCGAAAAACGGGAUUCCUCUUAUGCAGGUCCUUCUUUGGACGAACAUCAAGAAGAUUUGCGUUCCACCAAAUAUGCUGAAGAACUGCUUUCCAUGGAACAAAUUAAAGAAUUUGGUCCUUUGGUCAACAGUUCCAGGACUAUCGAUCUUACCGAUCCAGAGGCAGAAUUUGUGGUUCGUGGUGUGAAGCAUCUAUUCAACAACCAUGCUGUACUACAGUUUAACAUCACCAACACUCUAACGGAUAUAGCGCUGGACAACGUUACUGUGACUUGUACACCUGAGAACCCAAGUGAAUCAAGUUUGGAGGAAUUGUUCUCCUUGUCCAUUGAUAGACUCUCACCAUCUCAAGAGGCAGCUUGUUAUGUGGCAUACAACAAAUCUGAAGAAAUUGUUAUGGAAGGUUUCUUGAACAAUCUAACAUUCACCACAAGAGAACUAGAUCCUGAGACUCAACAACCAUUAGACGAUACGGAGGGUUUCCAAGACGAAUUUGACAUUGAUUCUAUCUUUCUCAAUGCUGGUGAUUACAUUAAGAGCAGUUUUGUCGGUGAUUUCACAAAUGCCUUUGACGAGUUGCCUAAUGAAGAAGUGGCGGUUUACAAUAUUAAGGAGAAUAUAACACUACAAGAACUUGUAGACAGACUGGUGGUCAACACAAGCUGUCUACCUCUAGAGAGUACGCAGUAUGCUCCUAGUGAUUCUAGUAGCCACACGGUUAAGCUAUUUGGUAAGAGUGCAUUGAAAGGUGAAAAGAUCGCCUUGGUGGUUAAGUUGAUUAAAACUUCAAAGGGUAUCGCCAUGAAGGCUCAAGGGAGAAGUGAAGAUGCUACAUUAUGUAGCUAUCUCGUAAACGGGUUGAUGUGA